UAUUUAAAAAUGGCAACCUUUUCAAUGGUGAGAAAUUUGUACAGUAAAAUUCGCUUGGAAAACGUUGGAACUACGUUUAAAGUAGCGAGGAACUUGUCCCUCACAAGACUUUCAAAUAUGAAAAUUUAUACAAAAAAGGGUGACAAAGGGUACUCCUAUAAUUUUCUUGGUGAGCGACGACCCAAAGAUGAUGAAAUAUUUGAAGCUCUUGGAACCACAGAUGAACUAUCAUCAGCUAUUGGAGUCGCUUCAGAAUUCUGUGCUGAUGAAGGUCAUGGAAUCGUGGAAGAACUUCAAGAGGUUCAAUGUAUUUUGCAAGAUGUCGGUGCCAACAUAGCUACGCCGAGAUCCUCAACAAAUGAGAAAAAAGUCGAUAAGACGCGUUUUCAAUCCGGAGAAGUUGAACGUCUGGAAACAUGGAUUGAUCGAUACCACUCACAACUUCCGGAACUAACCAACUUUAUUUUGCCAUCUGGGGGAAAGAGCAGUGCAAGCCUCCACCUCGCAAGAUCCAUUUGUAGAAGGGCAGAGAGGAGAAUUUCGCCCUUGGUUCGUGCGGGAGGCGUAGAUGGUGAAGUGUUACGUUACGUUAACAGAUUAAGUGACUACCUGUUCACUGCAGCAAGGUUUGUUUGUCAAGCUGAAGGGAAAAGCGAAAGGAUUUACGAGCGGGAACGGAGACACUAAACAAUGGAAAACAUGCCACGUGAAGGAUGGGGACGAGGUUAGGAGAAUAUUCAUUCCAAUACAAGUUCUAACCUUGUUGUUAUAGUGGCACGGGUAGAUGAUCACCAGAGAUGCCCGAACGAGUCGUGGUUUACAUAUUCAGUCGUUACGGUCGUUAACAUGGUUGCUGUAUUUCUAUGUGGUCAGCAAUGACAGGUUUGAACCGAACUAUUUCACAUCGGUUGAAACGACUUGUUUCAGAACAAUUCACGACCAUGGAAAGUGGGAAACAUUUGAGUUUAAUUUGCCAGAUGAAGCUCAUUGGCUGGUUUUCAGCCACUUCUAAGGCAAUUCAUGUGCUAAGAUUAAUCACUGCUUGUUAUCCGCAAGGCAAGAAAUUUAAAUGGCAUUUUUGCACCAGGUUUCUUAAAAGCUAAGGGGACAGCGACCAUCGCUGACAUAUAAGAGAACUUGUGAGUGCAUUUUUGAACAGAUGACAUAGUAUCUGCACAAAUGAACUUACUGUGUCAUGUAAAUAACUUUUCAAAAAACAUUAUUUUUGGCAGAAUAUAACACAUUUUCUGUAUUGCAACAUUAUGUUGCCUUCUGGGUUCAUCAAUAUUUAUAUCAAAUUUCUGAUUUUUGCCAAUUAGAUUCCUGAUUUAAUCAUUUGUGAUUGCCCUCUUGUACCUAAAAUCAUGAAAUACCACACCCUACCCAUUUGAUGGAAUUUCUUUUGAGGCCAGAAUAUACACUUCCACACAAAUUAUGUUUUCAACAUUUAUUUCUUGCUUUUGAAAUCAAACUACACUUGUUUAGUCAAAGAGUCCAAAGCCCAUAUCAUCAUCACUCUCCUCAGACUCUUCCUUUUUC